CAGGUUUUCAAGAUGAUGCCAAACAAAGUACAGCAAAGCAAUCAAGCAUAAUGAGGGCUUUGAAAUUCUAAGGUAAUUUUGCAAAUAGUGUACCGGAAAAUUUUGAUUGUAUUUAUUCAUAUAUUUCAAACAUAAAGUGUCUUUCUUGUGAAUAUCUGUUUAUUAUGACGCUGUUACAUGAUGGCGAACACAAAGCAAAUGCAUGUCGAAAUGCAUAGUCAGUUUCCCGAACGUAAGUCCGUCUGAGGCCGACUACUUUGUAAAACACUUUAUUACCCAGCUAUUAAUCCAAAUUAAUUUUUUUAUCUUUCCUAGUGGAUACAAGAGAGAAUAAAAUCAAAAUGCGGCGAGAGCAACUUAGAGCCAAGGCUGAGGUUUGUGAUUUGUUUAUCAUAUUAAUUCAUACACAACUGCGUUUAAUAUCUAUUUUUCAAUUUCCUAGAGUGUAAAGGAGAAACUUAUCGGUCAACUACAGGACAGUUUUAAUUCAAGUUUAGAUAAUUUGCUCGAUGAUUUUCUGACAGAUAGCGGCGAUGGCUCCAGGAAUGGAGCGAAGGAGCAGGUGACCUCCUCCAGAAAGUAAGUCUACUAGUCUAUAAAUGACUUGAACUUUCGAUCUUAUUUAGAUUUGUGCCAUUAAUUCUCCAGGUGCUUUCAUGGAUGAAUCGAAGUGUACGAUCCCCAUACGUUGUAGCGCUGUAUAGAACUGCCUCGUUCUUUAAAAGUCACUACUAGUCUGUCCUGGGAUAGUCCAAUUAAAAAAAGGUCUUUUGGGUAAAUAAAACGACUGAUUUAAGCCCUGAAGAGUCAGAAAUAUGGGAGUUGAUGAGAGUUGAGAAGCGAGAGUUUGCAUGAGAGAGAGAGAGAGAGAACUCUCAACUCUCAUGGCCUCGUGAAACAAGAACAAGAGUUGCAUGAGAGUUGAUGAGAGUUGACUGGAUAUUACUAAAUAUCCUGAGUCAACUCUCAUCAAACAGUGCGAUAGAGAAUACUGUGAUCCUGAUCAUUUGACUGUGGCUUUGUUAAAGAAGUGGAAAUUCCAGUCAAUAAAGAAAUAUAUCCAUUGGGCUAUUUAUCCCUAGUCAAACGAGGAUGAGAGUUGACACUUGUGUGGGCGAGAGUUGGACAUGUCCAAAUGCAUGCACUUUAUAAUUAUCUCUUUCUUAACACCAGAUGAUUUUAUUUCUCAGUGAGCGAGUCAUUAAUGGGUUAAAGCCCAGCAAACAACUAUCAGUACACAUACUGUAGUACCCCUCCCCCCCCCCCCCAUUUCUCAAUGGAUUUAAAAAUAUAUUGAAGGUGGUCUUUAAGAUCAUGCACCCAUGCCAGAGACUACUAGCAUGGAGUACCUGGAAUGCACUGUCUGGCCCCACGUCUGCACCCUGACUUUACCACUGUAAUAUUGACCCUUGAUUCUUACUGUGUUACUCAACAUAAUUUUUGUGGGGGUUUAGUUUUGUAGUUAACCCAUAAGUUGCAUUACUGUAUAUAUAUGCCCUAAUGCACCCUGCUUUAUUAUUUACUCUGUCUAUUGCCAGACAAUUUUACUUGUCAAGGGGGGAGUGCUGGUGUUCCAGCAUGUGUCUAAGUAAAAAUCGAGUUAACUGGGCCAUUAAUUAAGUUGCAUUGUGGUGCUAAUGCCCCUUACUUUAUUAUUUUACUUUGUCUAACACCAGACAAUUUUACUUGGCAAGUGGAGAGCGCUGGUGUUUAAUGGGUUUAAAAUGUUGUUUCUAAAGUUCACACUGGGCUGGCGCCACUUAAAACUUGUCCGAUAAAAUACCAUUCUGUUACAACUCUGUUGAAAGUGAGUGUUAGUUGUAGUUGAUAUUGUAGUGGAUGAUCAAGUAGACGUGUAUAUUCACAUGUAUGUUGUCUAAGUGUACAAUGAAGAAACAUCUGCCACAUGCACAUAAAAACAUAGAAUGUGAUAUUCUUAAGAAUAGAUACUUAAAUUAAAGCAAUUUAAUUAUCCUGUAUUACUCAUCUCAGGAAAAAUAUUCAAAAGUGUUGGGUUGUACAGUAUCUGUGAGUAGACUUAAUUGUAAGUAUAUAUUAUUUUAGUCUUUGUGUUUAGGAUUUAUAGAAACUACAUAUAUCAGUAAAUCAUCAAAAUUUUGUUAUUUAAUUUGGAAUUAUGAGAUUAUGAAGUAAACCACAGUUUGUCUACUGUAAGUGAGAUAGGCAGAUGGGUACUGUUCAAUUGUUUUAAUGGGUACUGUUCAAUUGUCUGUUUGCUUUGAUCAAACACCUGCAACCUUCUCAAGCCUAAUAUUUGACUCCAUUAUUAGUAAUUUAUUCUAAUAUUCAGAAACCUACUUGAAGUGAAUGCAUGGAAGAAGGUUUUUAAAAAAUUGACUUAUUUUUUAACAUAAGUUAAAAUUAAAAAAUAAUUCACUCAGUCUGGUUUUCAUUGCUGCCCCUGGCCGCCUCAAAUACUUUUCAAAUAUUCUUAUUUGUCAGUUUUAGUAGGUCAGUUUAUGAUAGUAGGUCAGAUUUAGUAGGUCAGACAGAGAGAGUGAACUAAAAAAUAAUUAAAUACAUACAUCAUCUGGUUGAAUGAUAAAAUGCAUUAUCUUGUCUAAAAGACUAAAUAGCUUGCCUAUGCUGCAGCAAAGAUCAAAAGAAAUAAAACUGUCUUGUAGUUUCCAGUUACUACAAGACAGUUCACAAUUAAUUGAUUAUGUUGCAAUGUGCACGAAUGUGCCCCAAAUUUUAACAAUACAUAUUACAGGCGAUCUUAAUAUUAUUUAUUUGCACAGUGCCAAUGUUAACAUGUCAUGAUGAAUAUGAUGCUCUUUCAACAUUAAUUCUUUUCCAUGCUAACUGUAAACAGACUUUUUUGUGUUAUAUUAAUUAAUGAAAAAUGAUGAAGAGUAAGGCUUAACAUUUUUUAUUAAAAAAACGACGUUUACUCCUUCAUCAGGUUCAAAGACUUGUACAGUAUAUUGUCUUGCGUGUUAUGUAUUGACUAUUGUAGUCUUUUAACCUGAUGCUGGAGUAAACUCUGAAACGUUGUUUUUUUAAUAAAAAAUUUUAAUUCAAUGUUCUUGGUCAUUUAUAAUAACACAGAAAAGUCUAUUAAUAAAUGAGGAGUCUAUUGAGGAGUGUAUUAUUAAAUAUUUAACUGCAAAUACUUUAUAGUUUUUUCCCCCUCGGCCUUGUUGUGUUUGUUGACUCCUUAAGGAAGUCCUCUGAUAUUACAACCUCCCAAGCAAGGGUCUUUUACUUCCGCACAGCGCUACAGCCAAGCACAGGUAAAAGACGCUGGCUUGCGAGGUUGCCGAUAUUACUGAUAACGUUGUAUUCAAGGUUUUAAAUAAAAAAUAGAACAUAAAUUUCGUGUUUCCUUACUUAAUACAAUAAUUAUGUAUUAUAUGUAACACUUGAAAUCGAGUAAUAUAGAUUUAUGUAGACUAUAAUGCACAAAGUACUGUAGUCUGACCAGGUUCCUGGUAGUAAGGUUGAUUGUGGAGUUUCAUAUGAGCCAUGUCAGGCAAGUGUAUAAAAACUAUGACCUGUAUGGUACAGUAAUGGCAGGUUCACUCUAUCAACGUUUCUGUGAUCACAGUAGGAAUUUUGCGUAGUACGUUUUGAAGGAGAAUUUACUAUGAUAGACAGUGACCAGUGAAGGUCAUCUGUAAAUUUUCAAACCAGCCAUCUUCAGGGGAGUUGCUACAGGUAAUAGCGGUAAUAGCAAUUCAUUGCAGCGUCAUGAUUAAAAAGCAUUUUUUUUUUUUUUAAUUAAUAUUUAAUUUCAGGAAGCUUUCUCACAAAAUGAUUUUCAGAAAGGUCCUGAACUAAAUAAACUAUUAUACAAGAAAGACAUGCAUAUACUACAUAACUAUGAAAAAUAUUAAAAAAUUAUACAAGGGAAAGUUCAAAGAUUGCUAAAAAAGUUUCUCUUAAAUGUAGAAAUACUAAUAGAUAGUUUUAUCUUUCUGCCCAAGUUGUUCCAGUCUGUUAUGGCCUAUGUUAUGUUAAGUUGUUCCAGUCUGUUAUUUUUCGUUGUUAUUAUAUAUUAUAAUAUAGCAUUUGUAAAUUCUGAACGCUGAUUGGCUAAGAGCCGUGUUGAUAUAACUCCAUGUCAACACGGGAAAUUUUCCGCCGCUUGUAACACGGAAAUUCUUCUUAUUCUUCGGGCUUUUGACAUUGCUAUAUUAUCCAGCUGAAGAGGAAUACAAGAACAAAUGAAGACGAAGUCCAUAUCAACAAAAGAUCAAAGGUGGACGACACAGAGGAAUCCGAUGUGUCUUUCGACAUAAAAGUUUUGCGGCCAACAGAGAAAUGUAAACCUGGCAUCACUACUGUGUGUGAUGUAUUGCAAGAAGAUACCAAUUCGGUUGUGAAUGUUUGUGGUCGUAUUACCCUGCAAGGUCCAAUACAAACCAUCAUGUCCAAGGGCAAGGCACUACGGAAACAAGAGGCAGUAUUGACGGAUAAUUCAGCAACUAUCCGCCUUGUGCUGUGGGAAAAUGAUAUAUCCAAAGUUUCGUCAGAAUCCACAUAUGAUAUAUCGAAAGUGGUGCUUAAGGAAUACGAGAAGGCAAAGUAUCUUACCUUAAAUAAGUCAUCUACCAUCAAGAUAUCGCAAAAGUCAAUAAGCAGGCUAGAUACCCCAUCAACAGAAGUGUUAUCGAACACACAAUGUGUUACGUUCCCGGCGAACGGAGUUUUAUCUUUGCAACGAUUUUCAUCUUGCCUAAGAUGUCAAUCAAAAUUGGUACCAAAUGCCUCCAAAAAAACUGUAAAGUGCACCGAAUGUGGUCUGGGACAACUUCAAGCUAGCUGUCAACAGCGUUUGUUGGCAAAUGUUUUAUUUCAGAAGGGAGCAAGUUCAAACAGUUUGCUGCUGUUUGAUGACAAACUAAAACAAUUAUUCAAAAUCUACCAAGAGCAGACUAAUAACACGCAAACUUUUGAAACUCUAGAUGAUGAUGAUAUGAUGGAAUUUUUGUUAACCGUGGCUGCGAAAGUGUUCUAUAAUGGAAAAAAGAAUGUGGUUGCUAUUCAGAAAAUUUAACAUUGAAAUUGAACUUGUAGUCGCAUAUAUAUAUAUAUAUAUUUUGUAUACUUUACGUAUGCAUAUUCUAUUGCCAGUGCUGGGACAGUGGACACUUAAUUCCUAUCGCACUUCUAUUUAAAGUUCAUUACUGUUUUGUUGCCUGUUAAGGUGUUUUGUUGGGUUAAAUAGAUGAAAAUGAAAGACUGUACAUGUGUCUCUAAUAUUUUUUGUUUGUCCACACUUAGCUUUGAUAGUUUGUAGAGUGGCCCUGUCUGGGCCAACAUUUUAUAUUGGGAAGUGGGAUAGGAGUGCGCAACCAAAAGAAACAAAUUGUCACCUGUCUUGCAAUUAUUUAGAAGCAUUCUAACAAUUACCUCACCCACCCACUAACGGUCCUUGACUUGCUACAGAAUUUUCAGUCCAUAUAUUUUUCUAACGUAAUCUAUUUCAUAGCUAAAAUGGCUCCCGCAGCAUUCCCUACCUUGCAGGUAACCUAGUAUAUUAUAAUAUAGCAUUUGUAAAUUCUGAACGCUGAUUGGCUAAGAGCCGUGUUGAUAUAACUCCAUGUCAACACGGGAAAUUUUUCGCCGCUUGUAACACGGAAAUUCUUCUUAUUCUUCGGGCUUUUGACAUUGCUAUAUUAUAAAACAAAUAUAAAACAUUUUUCCGUAUUGAUAUAUAGUUAUAUCAACACUCGUGGAAGUUGGGAAAACUCGAAAUUGUGUGAAAACACUUCGCCCUUCGGGCGUCGUGUUUCCACACAAUUUCUCGUUUUCCCAAUUUCCACUCGUGUUGAUAUAACUGUAUAUCAACACGGAAAAUGUUUUAUAUUUGUUAAAUAUAAUAUAAUAUAAUAUAAAGGUAAAGAAUUUUUUAUAAGUAUUUGUAAUGCAUUGUAAUGCAUAAGUUGACGUGUACAUUUCAAGAACGACUAAGAGUGAAACACUUGACGUUCUUCAUUACCUUCCGUUACCUUCCCGCAAUUGACGUUUGAUAUUACGUCAAAGGAAGAUGAAUAAUAAUGAUGUUUUACGCUAAUGGGGCAGAAAAUAGUUCAUGUAAUAUUAAUAGAAAUCAGAACUAGUUUUGUGUUAUUAUUAAUCAAGUUUGAUGCCAGUUAUAAAAUUAGUAUAUUUUGUAAUUUUACUUUAAUGCAUAAUUCCUAGCUUUCACUACGUUUACUUGCCCUAAGUGUCCGCCACUGUUCUUACACAAGGCAAUUUUCGAUUGUGGGGUAUUACCAUAGAUAUUACCUAUAUACAGGGAAAGAUUGUCUCCAGACGCUAUUUGGUGCUAGCCUCCUCCGCAGGCAUCGCCUUUAGAUUAUCGGGCAAAAUUUCUUGCAGGCAAAAAUAUUAAUCACCGACUUUCCAAAGUAAGUCCCACGAGAUGCCUGCGGAGGAGGCUAAUUUGGUGCAUGCCUUGGCUGAACUAUCGAAAGUGGCGGGAAAAAUAAUGAUAUAGAACUGAAAAGUCAGUAAAACGGCGUCAAUCAGCAUUCGAGUACACUCAUAUAAUACUUUCCAGGAGUGCAUCUUCACCAAGUUUAAGUAUAUUUAUGCAGUCUUACAGAGGUCCCGUCAGUCAAAAUUAAUGUCGUUUUGUCGCACUGUAGUGAUUAGUUUUAAUUUUUAAUUUGUAGUCAUAUGGACUCAAGAAAAGUGUUCAAAGCGAGACAAUCAGUACUCACGUAAGUUCUAACAUGCACCAUGCAUGCACGGCGAAUAUUGAACCUUGAUGUGUAUUGCACAGUAGUUGCCCGCAUGCAUUGUGCUUGGGUUAGCCUGCAACUAAAUUUUACUCAACUACUGCAGGCCCCCAAGAGUUGUAAGUUAGGAGAUCGAGGCGGAUAUUCAGCCCUUGGCAGUAACGUCACAACCAUAGAUAUGGUCACAACACAUACUGUUGAGGAAUUGUUUACCGUCCGCCAUUUUGGGCGUGCAAAUAUUUCAAACCAUUAGCGUUUAAAGCCAGGCUGCCUUUGUUUGAGAAUUCAGAGUGGCCAUUUUCUGAUACGAAUAAAGCCAUUUCCGUGGCUGUCCAGAGUGCUCCCCAUGGUUUUUGUCAUUCAAAAUGGAGGAUUAUUUAGCAGGAGGUAAUAUAAUUAUGCGGCUGCAAGAUUAAAAUUAUAUAGUAUCAUUUUUAGACCUACAGGUAACCAGGAGCAGUCGUGAAAAUGCAACUGCUGGCUCUGGCAGGAAAAAACUUCCAAUAUAAAAUAAUUUUUAAUAGACUUUACCGAUUAUUCUCUUUUACCCAAUGGCCUCGUUUCCAUAUUAACUUAUUUUAGCAUGUCAGGGGCAGAUCAAGAUUAUAUUCCCAUGUUUUCCUGGGCGAAUUUGUUUCUUGCUGUUCUUAGGCUCAAUAACAAAGUAAUUUUCAAUCCUACUAAGCACAAAACAUGAGUAAGUAUUUGACAUGAAAACGAGGCCAUUGGGUAAAAGAGAAUAAUUGGUAAGGUCUAUUGCCUUAUAUUAUCAUAUUAUAUUAUACAAAUAAUGAAUGUUUAUGAGUGCAAUGGUAAGAAUAUUUUCAUGAGGUGAAAGAUGGAAUGUUCCAUUCAACGAGGCGACAGCCGAGUUGAAUGGAACAUUCCAUCUUUCACCGAAUGAAAAUAUUCUUACCAUUGCACGAAGAAACAUUCAUUAUUUGUUUUAUAUAAUACCAAAAUAGACUAAUAGAUUCGUAUGAGAAGCAUUUUGAGGAAUGCGAUUUAUCGAAAACACAAAGAGUGCAACUGUACUAUACGUUUUAUUCCAUUGCAUUCGCGGAGAGUGCAAUGGAACGUACGUGUUCCAUUGCACUCUUGGGAAAUGGAAUUUUCUAUUCAAUAUCACGUGACCAUAAACAGCCAAUUAAACGAUUAGAAUUCAAUAAGGUAUUAUAUAAUAUAUAUUAUCUUUCUUUUUCAGAGAUCUACUUGAAGUUUCUCACAUUCGAACAAUUUACAACAUUUUUGUGGCAAUACUCAUUGUCUUCAGUUUAAACACGUUGGCCUAUGAUUACAUUGAACAUGGCAGGUACGGCAUAUAGUAAAGUAUAAGCGUGGUCUGAUUAAAUUUGCCAUCUUCAAAUAGGUGUUUCGUCAUUAGACAUUUUUCCUCCCUGAACCUAAUACGUCAAGUAUACAGGGUGUAUAAAAAAAAGCGCAAUCCUCGACUGAAAUGUAAAUUGCUAAACAAAUAAUAGACGAAAACGUUAAAGUUUACAUUCAUUUUAAAGCGUAGCCAUUCAGCUUUCUAACAGUGGGUUGUUUCUUAAAUUUGACUCAUUGGUUCGCGGGUAAUAAUACUUUACGUUAUUGCGAUUGGAGAUUAAAAAAAUUGAGAUGGAAUAACAAAUCAUUCUCAUGAAAAUAACUGAUUUUUUCAUUAAAACAAAAAAAUGUUGCAUUUUAUUAAAUGGAUUGUAACAAUAAGUAUAAUUACGGCUUUUCUUCCACUAUUUUUAACUCAGUUUGAAACUUCAAAUGCGAUAUAAUUUUGGCUUGGACCAUCUAAGCUGACUGACUUAACUUGCUAUAAUUUCUGUUUACAUAACAUCGCAAUUCGAUGACACUCUGGCUCUGACACCAGAAUGUUUUGACGAUGUUUAGCAUUCGUUUAGGAUUUUCAAACAACCUGGUCUCUUUUAAAAUACUUUUAAUUUGUUCUUACGUGGUUUUCCAGAUGUAGUGACGGCAACAUUAAAGUUUAAAGAAGAAAAUUCUAACAUUUAAACCGACUAAACAAUAAUAUAGUAAACUUGCAUAAUUAAACAGCAACUAAAAAUGAUAGGUUUUACUAAAUCUUUUCCCGUGCAAUUAUUACUAACAUUGGAGACAAGGAUAAUAGUUUGUUUGAAAGAGAAAAGAACAGUUUGAAAUAAGCCUAAAAGCGUUUAACUAGAAAGAGUAUUUCGAAAGUUAUUAAGCACAAAGGAUGAAUUGCGUUUAUUUUGAUACACCCUGUAUAGUUACUGUAAAUACAAAACGUUCUGCAGAUUAUUCUUUAUUCUUUUCAUUGUACCUGUAACUAUUUGUAAAUAUUUUACACGCCCAUUGUGGAAACCAGCUUUAUAUAGAUGACAAUGUUAGCGUAGUUAAAUAAAGUUAUCAUCAUCAUCAUGUAUAUGUUUCGGCAUCAGUGCUUGGCAACAAUGGGAUGGCACUGAACUACAUAAAAGCUUGAAGUGUCAUGAGUCCUCAAACGACCACAAGGGAAAUGAGCUUUGUAAAUGACAUCAUAACAAAAAACGCAGCAGAGUCGCGACCAGAACACGAUCUCCACUCUGAUUGCGUUCCAUUUGCAUUCCAUUUCGUUUGAAACACGUUCGAAGUUGCAUUCUAAUUUGCUUGCAAUCUGACCCGAACUCGUUCUAAACGUGUUCCGGUUACACCCGUAAUCAAAUUGGCGAUCUCCGAAAUUUAUCGCCGUUUUCAGUGCAAUUCCAACACUAAGCCUAAGGAAAACAGUAAAGUGAUUAGUGUUUGUGGGUCGUUCUUCAGAAAAUUUGUUCUAUACUUUCAUUAUGUUCAUUGUUAUAAUCAACCAAUCACAAAACCUGUUCUUAUGGCUUCGCGAUGACCCAAAGCCAAAGGAUUAGCCUGGGUGCAGUUCCAGACCUUCUGAAACGAGUAAUUGAUUGGACAGCCGGUUAAAUAAAGACCAGGGUCUCUAGAAGCACAUUCAAUUAUCUUGUUAACUCUAGGUUGGUGGUAGAUUUCUCAAUUUUGACCUGGGCAUUUGGAAAUACGUCUGUGGUAGUGGUCACGUGGAUACUAAUGCAGUUACAAGUACUUCUGGCGUAUCCAUUAUUUAUCGCCUGGGUUUCCACCCGUGUUACUGCGCCGAAAGUUGUUGAUCUUAUUUGGUUGGGAGUUUUUUUUGUAUAUCUGGCCAUCUUGUUUAUAUUUCCUCUCAAUGACAUAUUGAGUAAUAAACUACCUCCUGUGUCUAGGGUCAUUAUUACUAUGGAGCAGGUAUGUUUAAACCAACCUACUGUUAUUGUAGCUGGUAAAUACGCUGGCUUAGUACGCAUUUGAUUGGUUAAUCGAAUAUAUGAAACGCAUCUGAUUGGUUAUUAGGGAGCUUUAGCAGUGACUACGAAUAUUCUCGCGUGUUGUUUGCUUACGCCAUCAUCUGUGCCAUCAUGCAAAACUCGUAGUCGCCGGGCUUUUGAGUACGAGAUGGCAUAAGCAAACAACACAAAGUUUGGCGCGAAAAUGACGAAUGUCGUAGUCGUACUCGUAGUCACUGCUAAAGCUCCUCAACAGUCCAUUAACGGUAGCGGUAGUGGAAGCCAAAUCUCUCUAAUAUAAUAGAAAGAACAACCGUUAUUUGUGUAUAAUGAUAUGCUAAAUGGGCUAAAUGCAAUCAGGGCGUCUAUAAGAAUGGGCGGUGAAACGCCAGUGAAGCAGCUGAAACAUGUGUGAUGCACUUUAGGCCUGGGGCCCAGCGUGCACAACAAGGAGUUCUCGAAGAAAACAAAAAAUUUAAAAUUUUCAACAGGCUUCAACGAAGAUCUUGCUAAAGUCAGUGAGUGGUUAGUAGCCAACAAACUUACUUUAAACCAAUCUAAAACAGAAUUUAUGCUAAUCGGCUCCCGUCAAAGGAUUAGUACUUUCAACUCUAGUCCUUCACUGACAAUAAAUGACGUACCAAUUAAACAAGUCUCUCACACAAAGUCAUUUGGUGUACAUUUAGACGAGAACUUGACUUGGAAUGUUCAUAUCGAGAAAUUAUGCAAAAAAGUCGCUUCUGGCAUAGGUGCAUUAAAGCGUAUAAGGCCAUUCGUCCCACCUUCCACAAUGCAACUUAUUUACAAUUGCUUAGUUCAACCCUAUUUCGAUUACUGUUGCGUUGUCUGGGAUAGUUGCGGCAGUACUCUUGCGAAUAAACUGCAAAAACUCCAAAAUCGAGCCGCUAGAGUACUUACUUCAUCUAAUUAUGAUACAAAUGCUGAAUAUCUAAUUGAAAAAUUGAGCUGGAAAAACCUUGAAUCUCAGCGAAAAAUUGCCAAAGCUAUAAUGGUCUAUAAAUCUCUUAAUGGUUUUGUGCCAGACUACCUGUCUGAAAUGCUUGUUGAUCGAAGUAGCGUAACAAAUUAUACAUUGAGAGACACCAGUAGAAAAUUAGCUUUAGCUCAACCACGCACAAAUUACCUGAAAAAUAGUUUUAGCUAUAGUGGUUCUGUGCUGUGGAACUCCCUUCCGGUUGAUUUGAGACAGUCUAACUCAUUACGUAAAUUCAAGUCAGACUGCAGCAACUUUAUACAUUAGUCAAUAAUUUUAGAUUUUUAUAUUAAUAUAUUAGCACGGCACUUAUGGAAAACAGGUAUUCUUGUAAUAUAUAAUUAGUAUUAGUAUAGUAUGUAUACAUAAUUAGUAUCUUAAUUAACUUUUAUAUUCUGUAAUCUGUAACUACAUUGUAUUCUCUUAUCAUCUUUUAUGUAAAAUCCUGAUAAGUCUACCGUGGGUAAAUAAAGUUCACAAUCAAUCCCUAAUUCAUACUUCGUGGCAAACUUGAAAUUGCGCUUUAAUAUAGUACGCGGACAUGACGAGAAAACCGCUACAAAACUGCCAUUUAAACUGAUGGCAAUUUCCAAUUCUUCCUCGGUCAAGCAGCCCGCCAUCUUGAAACACGAAAAUGUAUAAAUGAAAACGCUUUCGAACAACGUGGGGGGUCCGCGCAUCACACAUGUUUCAAAGCUUUCACUGGCGUUUCACCGCCCAUUCUUAUAGACGCCCUGAUGCAAUGAUGAAUAGAACAUCGUACCACUCAGCAAGCCAUACCCAUACAUCUACCAAGAAACGUUAACGUAUAACGCUACAAUGAUCACAACGAACAUAAAACACUACAUGUGAAUCAGCUGUGAAUAUUGUUCUCAGGACACAUUUUAUAAGACACAAUUUGUGAAUGUCACAGUCAUUGCGACACCUGCAUUCUUCUAGUAACAAUUUGUUUUUUCCUAUUCAAGAUCCGUUUUUACAUGAAAAUACAUUCGUUUGUCAGAGAAGUUGCCCCACGUGUUAUAGCUGCAGAUAAGCGCAACAAAGGUACGUUCAUCUUCCAUUGCAUGAACCUGAGUGGCAUGGGGAACUCAUGACGGGCAGGGAUGGCUCCUGUUGGCGAAGGGGAAGAGGGGCAGCCGCAGUGAGGGGUACUAUUUUCAUAUUGGGGAAGUAGUUGUAAUAGUUUGAGAUAUUCAUCAUAUACGCAUAUAUACAAUGAACGCUAGAAAACUGUUUACAAAUUAGGGGGAAAAACAUCUGCUAAAUGUUGUAAAAAUGCAUAUCAACUCCGACCAUGCAAUGUCUAUUUGAGGAGUUCCUCUAAUAUUGGCAAAACUGAAGGAAGCCUAAAUACUUUUAUAAAGAGUGCUAUACCUGUACUAAACUGUACUAGCCCAAGACAAUGUUCUUGGUAGAUCACAUAUAUAUAGCAUCUGUAGUGUAAUUUGAUGAGUCUUCCCCUUCUUACCGCGUCCAUAGCGUUCCAGCGUCCUUGGCUAACAAUUAUUUUGCGAAUUAGCACGGAUGUGGUUAGCGUGCUGUUCCUACUUUUAAAUUAUAAGCUUGCUACUGCGGGAUCGAGAGUAGGGAUUAAACUCAGGUUGAGCAACUUACCUGUGCUCGAACAACUCGUGUAAGUAGAGUUUGGGUGUUUCUGUCUUGUGCUACGAGGGCUUCCUCUAUGUCCUCUGUUUUUUUUACGUCACGAAAUGAAUCGUAAAAUAACCAACCCUCUGAGACCUUUGUCAAGUGGGUUGUAAAACCUGUCAAGGCUCUGAGUGGUCAAACAUUAAACUAAGACACAAUGAGAGACGCAACAGCAAGAGUUGUUAUUCCAUGUUUAGGUGUUGAUAAAAAGAACAGUGAUGAUGAAAAAACAGAUGAUGAAGGAUAUGACGAUGAUUCAAUCUCAAAUAACAACAACAUUCCUGGAUUUAGUCAGUUUCUCUACUUUCUUUUUGCUCCAACUCUUGUUUACAGAGAUUCAUAUCCACAGUAAGUACAGCGCAUUGAUAUAUCAAUGGUACAGCGUUUAGUCAAUCUAUAGUAAGUACAGCGCAUUGAUAUAUCAAUGGUACAGCGUUUUGUCAAUCUAUAUUUCGUUGGCAGAAAACCUAGAAUACCGUUGUCGGGAAUGACGUUAGAGGUUGAAGUUUUAGUUUUCUUCAAAAAAUCACAUUAAGACAAGGUAGGUGAUUUGUGAUUUACACAAUACAAUUCGAGUUGUAAGCAGGUUGCAUGUGACAGUUUUAGGCAAAGAUUGUGUAGUGUAAAUCGGCCUUUAUAAAUCGCAAAAUCACUCACAAAAACUACCCCCAAAUGACAGGUUAUCGCAUAAUCACUAACUUAUAACAUGACUGUAUUGAAAUCAACUUCAUUAAAUUAGUAUAACCACAAUUCUCAACACUAUAAUUCCAUGUCCAACUCUUGUCUAUAUACAGAGGGAGCCAUAUCCGCAAUAAGUAGCAUGUAUAUCGUCAAUCAUUUCCACAGUUAUUAACAUUUCAUUCGCUCGAUAUCUGUUUAGUGCAUGGAUCAAGUCCAAAAAGUACCAAAGUACAAAAAAAACCAGUUCGAACGAUCUGUGCCAGCGUAGGUAGAACUAGCCUGCGGGCAGCCCCAUACCACGUAAUGGUAUGGGGCUGCCCUCAGGCAAAGGUAGAACCGAAAACACCAGAAAAUUGAGAUGGAUUCAACUCACUGAAAAAUACAAGUAAAACUUUCGACUGAAAAAUUUGAGUAAACGGUCCCACAAUGACUCAAAUAUUGAGUAAAAUUUAUGAGCAAAUGUACUAAUUUUUUUAGUAAUGUAAAUUUGAAACUUUAGUCAAAAUAUUUAAUAAAUUUGAUCAUAAUGUUAGUAAUUUCGCUCAAAAUUUUGAGUCACCGUGCGUGCAUUAAGCCUGGUUUCCAUAUGGUCGUAAAGGUCGUGAAAAUAGAGUCACGAUCUUUCUCAACGGCCAGUUUAUUAUUGUUUAUACCUGUGAACCACAUAUAAAUCAUAAGUAUUAUCUAGUCAUAAUCACUCCGCGUAUUUUCAGUUCUAAAAUGUUUUAUUUCGGUUGAUGAGAACUAUCUUGACAGACGUGACUCAAUCUUUACGAUAAGGAAAACAGGCAUUAUUUUACUCGUGAAAAUUGCGCCAAAAAGUUGACUUGCGACGAACCUUUCAUUUUGAUACACGAAUACACCCGGAAGUAUUCCCGGAAGUACGUGAAUUUAUCAACCUCUUGUCAAUCUACGCAUGCUCACCAGUACGUUUCGGUACGAUACGAUUGAAGUGUAAAGCAGGCUUUAGUUGGCUUUAGUAUUUGAUUAAGAUUUAGAUUAGAAUUGUAAGGAUAACGGUUAAGGAUUAGGAUCAAUAUGAAUAUUUUGAGAAAUCGCUGUGCUAUAUGAGAACUAAAAUUGAACUUCUCUGUCUACAGUAAACGAGUUACCAAACUCGCCUUUUGGAAUGAAAAUCUGUCUACAGUAAACGAGUUACCAAACUCGCCUUUUGGAAUGAAAAUCUGCAUGUAAAUGCCAGAAAAUCUAAAUUUUACCUGUUAGAUUUUUUGUGUUCAUAAAGUUUAUGGUAAGAUAAUUUUUGAAAUUAUGAGUGAUCUAUUACGUGUGCUUGUGUUUCUAGAACUCCCACGAUCCGCUGGAGGUACGUCGUUACCAACUUUGCACAGGUUGUUGGUUGUGUUUUCUACACUUACUACAUUUUUGCUCGUUUCUGUGUGCCUGUUUUCAGAGAUACUGGAAAAAAUCCUCCAAAUUUAAAGUAAGUUUGAGCUAUGCGUGAAAGCUAUCAUGACGUUUGCUCGAUGAUUAAUUUAUUAAUUAUUAUAAAAAAAAUUCUAAUAAAAUCAAUAGACCACUUUGGCGGUUUUGCCUUAAUUGAAAACACGUGCUCGGAAGUUCCGAAACUCGGACAAACAUGGUGGAACAUGAUAUAGAUUCUAUACACAGUACGCAAACGUUUAUCGUAUUUACACAAUAAAUUCUCUUGUUAAUUCCGCCAAACCAACGUUAUGAGUACCCACGCUAACUAGUUGAAGUCCGCUAAGUUCAUACCUUUAAAUUUUUCUUCUUGUAACCCUUUAUUUUGUGGAAUUGACAAACGAGUUUAUUGGUUAAAUACGCGAAACUUUUGCGUAUUCUGUGUUGAUAGAAUUUAUAUUACGUUCCGCCAUGUUUGUCCGAGUUUCCGAUCAUUCCAGCUCAUUCCAGCACGUGUUUCCAUUUAGCACAAAACCGCCAAAAGUGAUCUAUUCACACAGCAGCAAGUCUCAUAUGAAGUUUUUUAGCGGACAAAAUAUCUGAAAUGUAUCAAUCGAGUUUAUGCGCUAUAAAUUGAUGUUAUGUGCUAUACAUUGAUGUUAUGUGCAAAUACAUCGAUGUCAUAAACCGAUGCAACUAAAAGAUAAACCGAUACAACUAAAAGAUAAACCGAUACAAAUAAAAGAUGAGGAAACGGAAGUAAAUACCAAUAAAAGAUGAGGAAACGGAAGCAAAUACCAGUAAAACAUGAGGAAGCGGAAAUAAAUCGGAAAAACGGAAGUUGAGCGACGCGGCGACGUACAACAAUGGCGUCUCUUGGACUACGCAUUUGGCUUCCUAAUACAGAAAACUCUUUUCGUGAAUUGGUUGAUUUAAUAAGAAAUGCUGAUUUUUAUACAAGGAUUUUUAUUGUCGUAGAUUAGAAGAGUAUAAACGCAACAUUGAGUCGGUUUUAACUACAAGAAUCACCGAAUCAUAAACAACGGAGCAGUUUUUAAUCAACAAUCUACACAUACUAUGUACUUAUUUAAAUAGUUUACGAAAUGAAUUGGACGUUAUUGUUGAAAAUUAUGAACGGACCUCAGAGCGCUUUUCACUAGAAGAGUCUUACGAUCGUGCGGUUUGUGUAAGAGAGACAGGGCAGAAUACCAAAUGUUCAGGAUUUUGUUCAGUCUAUCUUAAGCGCGGUGACGAACUUGCAGCAUUCUUCGCAAACACGUGAAGAAAACGCAUCACAAGGUGCCAGUGCAGUAGAAUUCACAUCGUUACCUGAAGAACUGAAUUCUCGUUUCCGAAUGGCCACCUACUCAGAAUUCGUGACUGAAGCCCCGUUUACACUACGCUCAAUUUUUGGUACGGUACGGAUAAAAUUGGUACCCGUACCACUUUUCUGGUUCUUGGACUACCUAUUUAAGUAGUCCAAGAACCAAAAAGUGGUACGGUACCAAAAAUUAAGCGUAGUGUAAACGGGGCUUAGCUAAAUAGGUAGUUAAAGAACCAAAAAAGUGGUACAGGUACCAAUUUUAUCCGUGCCGUACCAAAAAUUGAGCGUAGUGUAAACGGGGCUUGAGUACCAAAUAAUGCGUCUGGGCUGCAGCCAGCUUUUCAGGGAUACUGAAUUUUACACACAUGACUAUCUCUUUCUCUCACCUUAUAUAUUUUACAUGCCUCCAUACAAGCUUUUUAGUACAGGGAGAUCAUACUCCUUGAAUAUGAUCAAAUUUUUUUACACCACAAGAUAUUUUAGGCCUACCGAUACAAUUUCACACACGCAUCUCCAAUUUUAUGUUCCGAAAGUCUACGUGCACCUAUACACUUAUAUUUCUUAGGUUCACAUUUAUACAUAUACAAGUGGUUUUUUAUACUUUAUUCUCAGGCUUAUCAAAUACAACAUUAUUUUCACAAGCAUAAAUUGUGCCAACAACACGAGGCCAUCACACCAUCAUAUUUCACACUUGGCAUAUUGUGGCAUUGACUUAUGUGGUUAAUUGCUCUUCUGUGACUUGUAUUCUUGGCCUACCAACGAGCCCGUUUCUUUCCGCCGUACAAACCGUUUGCACGAUCGUAAGACUCUUCUAGUGAAAAGCGCUCUGAGGUCCGUUCAUAAUUUUCAACAAUAACGUCGAAUUCAUUUCGUAAACUAUUUAAAUAAGUACAUACUAUAUGUAGAUUGUUGAUUAAAAACUGCUCCGUUGUGUAAGAUUCGGUGAUUCUUGUUGUUAAAACACUCAAUGUGCGUUCAUACUCUUCUAAUCCACGACAAUAAAAGUCUGGCGAGUCACAUUGAGUGCGACUUUAUUCAGCAUUUCUUAUUAAAUCAACCAAUUCACGAAAAUAGUUUUCUGUAUUAGAAAGCCAAAUGCGUGGUCCAAGAGACGCCAUUGUUGUACGUCGCCGCGUCGCUCAACUUCCGUUUUUCCGAUUUACUUCCGCUUCCUCAUCUUUUAUUGGUAUUUGCUUCCGUUUCCUCAUCUUUUAUUGGUAUUUACUUCCGUUUCCUCAUCUUUUAUUUGUAUCGGUUUAUCUUUUAGUUGUAUCGGUUUAUCUUUUAGUUGUAUCGGUUUAUCUUUUAGUUGUAUCGGUUUAUGACAUCGAUGUAUUUGCACAUAACAUCAAUGUAUAGCACAUAACAUCAAUUUAUAGCGCAUAAACUCGAUUGAUACAUUUAAGAUAUUUUGUCCGCUAAAAAACUUCAUAGUCUCAUUAGAAGAUCUAAAGGACACGUGUUAAUAUUUAUGUUUAUCUAGACGUUUUAUACUCUCCGUAUUCAAUGCGAUGUUGCCGGGAACUCUAGUGUUAGUUUUGGGUUUCUUCUGUAUCUUACAUUCCUGGUUGAAUGCUUUUGCUGAAAUGCUCAAGUUUGCUGACAGAAUGUUUUACCAGGUAUAUGGGAAUCUUUUUCAAUUAUUUAAAUAUUGGAUAAGGUUUUGUGAAAUCACGAAUUGUCGAGGCUAUUACUUUCCUAAGUUUGUUUAUCCUAACCCACUUUGUCAACUUUCCCUGUGGGAGGAAACCGGGGCAUGUACUAAAAGGCGAAACGUCGAAACGAAACGACCGAAACGAAACGGCCGAAACCACCGAAACGACACAACCGAAACGAAACGACCGAAACGAAACAACCGAAACGAAACGACCGAAACGACCGAAACGAAACGGCCGAAAAUGUAAAUUACAGGAAAAUUGAAAAAUGCGGAUACGGACG